CAGACAAAUAAUUUAAUAACUUAUCGUUACAAGCCAAAAUUACACUGUAAAUUUGGCAUUUCGAGAAGAAGAAGAGGGAGUGAUGGAAUUGCAAGGAGAGGAAAGCAAAACGGCGACGUAUUGCGUGACGGGUGCAAGUGGAUACAUCGGUUCUUGGUUGGUUAAGUCUCUUCUCCAAAGAGGUUACACAGUCCAUGCCACUCUCAGAGAUCUUGCAAAAUCUGAAUACUUUCAAUCUAAAUGGAAGGAAAAUGAACGGCUCAGAUUAUUCCGAGCGGAUCUUCGAGAUGACGGCAGCUUUGACGACGCCGUUAAGGGUUGUGACGGCGUCUUCCAUGUCGCCGCUUCCAUGGAGUUUGAUAUCUCAUCAGAUCACGUUAAUCUCGAGAGUUAUGUCCAGAGCAAAGUCAUAGAACCGGCGCUAAAAGGCGUACGGAAUGUACUUAGUUCUUGUCUAAAGUCAAAGUCAGUCAAAAGAGUUGUCUUCACAUCAUCCAUCAGCACUCUCACUGCUAAAGAUGAGAAUGAACGGAUGAGAUCUUUCGUGGAUGAAACAUGCAAGGCUCAUGUUGAUCAUGUCCUUAAAACACAAGCAAGUGGAUGGAUUUAUGUAUUAUCGAAGCUCGUAUCAGAGGAAGAAGCAUUUCGGUAUGCGAAAGAGAGAGGAAUGGAUCUUGUUUCAGUCAUUACAACAACUGUUUCAGGUCCAUUCCUUACUCCAUUUGUCCCAUCAAGCGUUCAAGUUCUCUUGUCUCCAAUUACAGGUGACUCAAAGUUGUUUGCGAUAUUAUCAGCUGUGAACAAAAGAAUGGGUUCGAUUGCUUUAGUACACAUUGAAGAUAUUUGCAGGGCUCAUCUGUUUUUGAUGGAACAACCAAAGGCUAAAGGUCAAUAUAUAUGUUGUGUUGACAAUAUUGAUAUGCAUGAGUUGAUGCUUCAUCACUUCUCUAAGGACUAUCUUUGUAAAGUUCAAAAGGUAAAUGAAGACGAGGAAGAGAGAGAAUGUAUGAAGCCUAUAAUUUCUUCAAAGAAGUUAAGAGAAUUGGGGUUUGAGUACAAAUAUGGUAUUGAAGAAAUUGUUGAUCAAACCAUUGAUGCUUCUAUCAAGAUUAAGUUCCCUACCUUGAACCACAAACUCAGGCAGUGAGAAUGUGAGAUCAACAACGAUUGAUGCUUCUAUCAAGAUUGCAUUCUACAAUCCCAAACAAAUUGUUUGUAUUCACUAUACACUUUUAGUCUUAAUACGUCUGAACAAUUAAAAUGAUAGAUCCUACUAGCUCAGAGUGUAAGUAAUAGUACUUAGUUUUGUCGUCACUUUUGAUGCAAGCUUUGUAUCAAUGCGUAUGGACCAUUUUGCUUUUCAAACAAUAUGCUAGCUACGAUGUUCUGUUCUUGUUCGCUUAUCGUUUUAAUAAGAAACAAAAGCAUGACAGUA